UUAGCCUUUAGCUUAGCUUCAUCGAUGCUACAUCGCUAACGCUAAGACGACAAGUGUCCCGCUGCUAGGCCAAGUGAAAGUUCGUAUCCAAGUCGUUAAGCUCGACCGGUUACAUGUUUCUGACCGCGGAGGAAGUUCGCGGGUUCGUCCCCGGGUGCGGUUCGGGCUCGGUUAGCCUUCUGUCUGCGCGUCGCCAGGUUCUGGGCCUAAGCUAGCUUGACCAGCAGCCAUUAAUCGCCUCCCAUGGAUACUCCUGAGAGCCCCACGCAGUCGCCUCAGUCUCCGGAGGAGGAGGAGAAGGCGCUCUCUGACAGCGAGCUGCUGCGCUCCCCUGACAGGGUCGUCUCAGACAGCGAGUUGCUCCAGGACGAAGAAAACGGGGGCCUAACGGAGGAGGAGGAGGAGGAUGAUGAAGCCGAUCAGGGGCAAGGAGGAAGAUUAGACUUGGAGGACGAGGUGGUCCCUGACUUUGUCUCCGACCCGGAGGACGAGGAGCCUGUCGGCGCAGAAGGCGUUGGGCAGGAGGAUGAGACCAUUGUGCUCAUGGAGGGCGAUGAAGAUGAUGCCGAAGGCCGGCGGUCGGGCGCCGAAGAGGACGGCGUCCUCGACACGCCGCAGUCUCCUGACUCGGAGCCGGCGCAGGGCGGGGACCGCUUUGAGUCCGAGGAGGACGGCGAAGGCGGCGACGAAGGGUACGGCGGCUACCGGAAAGAAACCUCGGUGGAGCGGGAGGCCAGCGACGCGGAGGAAGACCGGAACAGGGAGGAGGAAGAGGAGGAGGAGCUGAGGAGGGCGGAGGAGAGAAGAGCGAUGCUGGUGAGGGAGAUGAAGGACGACUCCGCCUCCGUCUCCCGCGAACUCGACGAACACGAGCUGGAUUACGACGAGGAGGUGCCGGAGGAGCCCGCUCCCGCGCAGGACGAAGAGGAGGACGAGGAAGACGCAAAGGUGGAGGGAGGGGAGGAGGAAGAGGAGGAGACAGAAGAGAAGAGCAACAAGAGGAAGGAGAAGAAGCCGAUCCUCCCUCCUUCCCCGGCAGACGACGAGUCAAAGAGGCCGGAGAGGCUGAGGAGAGAUUCCUUCAGAGAGAGGAAGAAGGACGAGGACGACGGCGAGAUCGACGAAGGCGAGAUCGAUGACGACGACCUGGAAGAGGGAGAAGUCAAAGAUCCGUCUGACAGGAAGAUCCGGCCGCGGCCCAUCUGCAGGUUCUUCAUUAAAGGAAACUGUACGUGGGGAAUGAACUGCAGGUUCAUCCACCCUGGAGUCAACGACAAGGGGAACUACUCCCUCAUCACUAAGCCGGACCCUUUCUCUCCCAACGGAGCGCCCCCUGGUGGACCGCUGCCCCUCAUACCAAACAACCCCUGGGCUGCUCCUGUGGUGGAGGAGCUCCCUCCCCCGCCUCCCCCGGUGGAGCCUCCUGUGGAGAGCGCCUGGGAGCGAGGACUGAGACACGCCAAAGAGGUGCUGAAGAAGGCCACCAUCCGGAAGGAGCAGGAGCCCGACUUCGAGGAGAAGCGCUUCAACGUGACGAUCGGAGAGGACGAGCGAGAGUUCGACAAGGAGAACGAGUUCUUCAGAGAACGCAGCUACCGGAUCAUCCGAGAGGAAAUGGACUUCAGAGACCCUGUAUAUGGCGACCCCUACGCUGACCCGUACUACGACUAUGAAAUGGAGGCCUUAUGGAGGGGCGGCCAGUAUGAAAACUUCAGAGUUCAGUACACAGAAGCUCCUCUUCCGUACCACUUCAACGAGCGCGACCGCGAACGCGACCUCCGGGAGCGCCACCGAGACCGUGAGCGGGAGAGAGACCACCGCGAGAGGGAGCGGCGGCAGCGGGAGAGGGAGCGAGAGCGGGAGCGCGAGAAGGAGCGGAUUCGACGGAAAGAGGAGUGGGAGAGAGACCGGCUGAAACGGAACGAGAAGGAGAGGCCGCGGGUGCGUCCUCCUCGCGAAGCCAGGGAGAAAAAGGAGGAGGACAAGCUGAAGCCACGCUCCCCCCUCGGCCUGCCGCCUAACAGGGUGAUGGAACCUCCCUCAAAGAAAGAAAUGGGUCCGCUCAUGAGGCGUCCAGACGAGUGGAAGGACCCGUGGCGGCGGUCCAAAUCUCCCAGGAGACGUAGCGGCAUGGGAUCCCCCCCUCGAGGCCGCCGCCGCCAUCGCCCCUCUGGCUCCUCCGUGUCUCUGUCCAACUCAUCCAGGUCUUCAUCUCGCUCUUCGUCCUACACGGGCUCUGGCUCCUCUCGUUCCCGCAGCCGCUCCUCUUCGUACAGCUCCUACUCGAGCCACUCCUCCCAGCACAGCUCCUUCAGCGGCAGCGGCUCCAGAUCCCGAUCAUUUUCCUCGUCCCCCUCACCGAGCCCAGCUCCCCCGAGGGUGGCCAAGAACAAACCGGAGCCUCCACCGGUGGCGGCUAAGGGCAUGCCGCCAAAGCCGGGUGCCGCCCCGCCGCCGCGCAGAGAAAAGCCUCCGCCGAAGAAGGCUCCCAGUCCUCCUCAGCCCGGCGGACCCCCCAACAGGCCCUCCAAACCCCCGACAGAGGGAGGCAAGCCUCCUGCCAACCCCAGGGAGACGGGCGCUGCAUCUGACGGGGCAGGAGCAGGAGCCGGACCUCCGCCUCCACGAGAACCCGGGAGACCGCCGAACCCGCGGGAAGGCAGGCAGAGGCAGCGGCAGCAGCAGCAGCAGCAUCCUCCUCAUCCUCCUCAUCCUCAUCCUCCUCCCCGCAGGAGGACUAUGAGUGGGAGCGGCAGCAGUUACACCGGUUCCAGCUCCAGGUCCAGAUCCUCCUCCAACUCCCUCUCAGGCUCAGCGUCACGCUCACGCUCACACACCGGAUCCAGAAAAUCCAGGAAAUCCAGAUCACUGAGCGUGAGCAGCGUGUCUUCGGUGUCUUCUGCGUCGUCCAGCAGCAGCUCGGUCCGCAGCGCCGACUCGGAUGACAUGUACGCCGACCUGGCGAGCCCGGUGUCGUCUGCCAGCUCUCGCUCGCCCACGCCAAAUCACCCCCGCAGAGAGCGAGGGCCCCCACGGGACCGGUCCCCACAGGGCCGGGACAAGAACAGGGAACGGCCGUCGAAGAAAGACGAGCCUUUCAGGGACGAUCGCAGGAAGAUUGACCCGUCCGGUGGUCCGCCCAGAGGAACCAACGCUAUGCCCAGAUCCGGACCUGGCAGCAGAGGCGACCACCCUCCUCAUCCUCGGCCCGGCACCAUGGGCCCCCCUGGAAGCUACGGAGGUUCAGGCUCUCACAAAGACAUCAAGCUGACCCUCCUCAACAAGCAGCAGGCGGACCGAGGCAGCAGGAAGAGGUACCUUCCUUCAGACAAAGACCGGCCCGGCUCCCCCGCCAACAAGAGGAUGGCCAUGUCUCCGGACAGAGGCCGCGAUAAAAGGAAUCCUCUCCGACCCCCGAUGUCCCCCCAGAUGGAUCGGCCCAGAGGUCAAGGCCCGCGGCCCGCCCCCCCACAGGGAGACAGGAGACGGCCGCUCUCUCCGCCUCCCAAGUCGUCGGGGAAAGGCCCGGCCGUGCCGUCGGGCAAGCCGGCCCCCCCGGCCUCGGCUCCCGCCGCCGGCGCCUCCUCCGGGUCGGGCUCCGGCAAAGCCAGCAACACCCUGUCCCGCCGCGAGGAGCUGCUGAAGCAGCUGAAGGCCGUGGAGGACGCCAUCGCCCGGAAACGAGCCAAGAUCCCCGCCAAAUAAGGGGGAGGCGGUCAGCGGCUCGCCCGCCUGGCUCCACGCAGGCGGACCUCCCGUUUUCUCCUCCUCCCACCCGGUCCGCCGCCGGACCCGCUCAACGCCGCUGGUCCAUCCUGUCUCUGUCUGUCCUCUCUAACCGGCUCAGGAUGGCGCGCCCUCUCCAUGAGGCUCUUUUCCCCCCAGAAGCCUUUGCAGUUGGGGCCCAGAAGGAGGAAGCGAAACGCGGACUCGAGCAGAGGAAACGAUGGGAAGCAUCUUCCUCACGUCUGUCUCUGCUCCUCCUCCUCCUCCUCAUCGUGGUCCUGUCACGCGGGCCGCCGUCACGCCACCAGCGGCUGCAGGUUUUACCUCCACACCGUGUACAGAAGCAGCAGCUCGUCCCACAAUUUCCUGUGUAUGAAUAAAGAUCAUAAGGAUGUGAAGUAUUGUUUUUUUUUUUCUUUUUUUUUUUUUUUUUUUAUAAUCUUCUUUGGGUUUUCUUUUUGGCUCUUAAGUGAUAAAACAGUGUUUUAUUUUAUUUGUGUCACACCUUUAGUUGCAGCCCAGCAGGUGAAACGUGUCGAGGCGAACGUUGUUUUUUGCUUUUGUGACAAAAGACUUCUAAAUAAACUAUUUUGAUAAACAAAA